AUGGCUAAGGGCGUGCCACUAUACCGCAAAGUAAUGGACGCCUGGACACAGACGCCAACGAAGUGGUAUCCAUUACCCAUCGCCGUCGGUGCAUUGCUCUUGGUCGCUUUGCAAUACCGGAGGAAGUCAAGGCGAUCAAAGGAGGUACAGCUCGACGAAAAUGGGAUGGAGAUCAUCAAACUCAAGGGCCCAUGGCAGGUGCACGUCCUCGGUGCCCUCCCCCUCAGAAAUAUGUCAAGGGUGUGGGGAUAUGUCAACUCGCUAGAGCUUCCUGUUUGGUUCCGACCCAUUGGUUUCCGCCUUUAUUCCUUUGCUUUCGGCUGCGACUUGGAUGAAAUCGAGCAUUCUGAUGACUUGACGCAAUAUGUUAGUCUAGGCGACUUCUUCUACAGGAAGCUCAAAGACGGUGCUCGUCCCGUGGAUCCAGCUGUCCUCGUCAGCCCGGCUGAUGGCCGCAUACUGCACCUGGGUGCCAUAACAGACCAUAAAGUCGAACAAGUGAAAGGCAUCACAUAUUCGCUGGACGCUCUUCUAGGUAUCGACAAAGAUCAUCCCCCAGUAUACGUCCCAGCCAUGCGUGAUCCCGACUUGUCGAUAGUAGACGACCAGGAAUUCGCUGACAUCAAUGGCAUCGAAUAUACCCUUGACCAACUCAUCGGGACCUCCUCACCAUCAACAUCCGAGGAGGUUCGCGAUCCGCAUGCGCCGCCCAAGAAAUUUGGGAAGCAAGUUGACGCGUCUGUGGUUGAUUCGGACCGCGACCUCAAGGAUGCUCUCGCCCACGACGCGUCUGUGGCCCUGGAAAUGGGUGUUAAGACGGCGUUGGAUCGCAGACGCAGUAUGGGAGGCAAACCCGUCAAGCCAGGGAAUCAAUUGUUCUUCACUGUUAUAUACCUUGCGCCUGGUGAUUAUCAUCGCUUCCACAGCCCGACGGCUUGGGUAGUCGAGAAACGAAGACACUUUGUUGGCGAACUCUUCUCUGUAUCACCAUACAUGGCCAAACGUCUCGAGAACCUCUUCGUCCUUAAUGAACGGGUAGCUUUACUUGGUCGCUGGAAAUAUGGGUUCUUCUCCAUGGUCCCCGUUGGUGCCACUAACGUUGGCAGCAUCAAGGUCAACUUCGAUCAGGCUCUCCGAACCAACCUUCGUGGCAAACCUCCUCCACCCGGUACCUACGCGGAAGCCGUGUACUCAGCCGCCUCCCCCAUCCUCAACGGCCAACCUCUUAUCCCCGCGCAGGAGAUGGGUGGCUUCUGCCUGGGAAGCACCAUCGUCCUCGUCUUCGAAGCCCCCGAGUCGUUCGAAUUCUCUGUCCAUCCAGGACAAAAAGUCAAAGUUGGCCAGCGACUUGGUGACGUUGUCGAUGCCGAUAGUUCCAAGGUCAAGACAGAGUGA